AUGUAUUUCCCCGUCCUCUCCACCCUUACCGCUCUUUCUCUCCUCUCCCUUACAUCCGCUCGCUCACUUCCCCGCGCUCCAAACUCAAAGAUCUCUGUUCGUAGUGUCGUUCCUUCUAGACCAAGAAGUAUUCCAGUCGUCACAGACAAUGUCCUGGAACUUACCAAGAAAUCUACCGGAGGCUCUAAAGUCAGAAGCGCAGUUAAAUUCUUGAAGAAUUUGGAUAUUGUUAAUGGAAGCUCAACUGCUCUUAUCAGUUUAUUUGAGGGAGAGGAAUAUGCUACGGAUAUUACUUUUGGAACACAGACUUUCGAGGUUGUUGUCGAUACUGGAUCUAGUGAUACUUGGUUAGCCGAGACUGGAUUUUCUUGUCUUGAUAUCGAUACCGGAAAGAGUGUCUCGGAAGCCACCUGUGCAUUUGGCCCAACCUACACAAAAGACUCUACCUUCAAAGCUAUCUCGGGUCAAGAAUUUUCCAUUACAUAUGGCGAUGGAGAGUAUCUCACUGGUGUGCUUGGAUCGCAGCCCGUGACUUUUGCCGGUAUCAAUGUAACCACCACUGUCGCUUUGGUCACAUCUGCUGCAUGGAACGGUGACGGAACUACUAGUGGUUUGGUCGGUUUGGCGUAUCCCGGAAUCACAUCCGCCUACAAAGGUUCCACCCAAGUAGUCUACAACCCCAUCUUCACCACCAUGUACGAAGAAGGACUCGUCGACUCCCUCUUCAGUCUCGCCAUCGAGCGCGACGUCUCCGGCCCCGCCGGCUACCUCGCUCUCGGCGGUGUUCCCCCCGUUGAUUUCGUACAAGAUUUCGCCAGCACCCCCAUCCUUGUAACAUCCAUCACUGGAUACCCUAAAACAUACGAUUUCUACACCAUUAAAAUCGAAGCCGCGUAUCUGAACGGAAAAGCCAUUUCCGGCGCCGCAACUCCUCAAUACAUUGUCGAUUCGGGAACCACGCUUAAUUACCUCCCUACCACGAUGGCCAAUGCUAUUAACAAGGCUUUCGUUCCGGCUGCCGUGUACAGCAAUGAUCAGGGCUCAUAUGUCGUUUCUUGUACUGCUGUUCCACCUGUGUUUGGUAUCGAGAUUGGUGGUACAGUCUUCUAUACUAACCCUCUCGAUAUGAUUCUCCACGCUGGUACUGAUGAUGAUGGAAACGACGUUUGCAUUAGCGGUAUUAACGAUGGUGGAAGUGAUACUGCCAAUGAUUUGUAUAUCUUGGGCGAUACCUUCCAGAAGAACGUCGUCACCGUUUUCGAUGUUGGGGCUGGCGUGUUGCAAUUCGCUGCUAGGGAAAACUAUACCAGUAAUGAUACUUACUAG